AUGGGACCCGACACGUAUCAGCCUCAUCUGCUUCCAUUUUCCAACACCAAUGAAUCACAACUCGUAACGGGAUUUGUGAGCUCUGCAGCUUUAAUUAGGACAACAAAUAAUCCAGAAUGUCAAGCUUCUGGGGUCCGACAACGGUUUGAGAAAAGAUUUUGUGUUCUUCAUGUAUCAAUUAUGGCACUUGCCAUUGGAAGCAUGUUGUACCAUGCCACGCUACAACGUGCGCAACAGCAGAGCGAUGAAACUCCUAUGAUGUGGGAGAUUCUGCUAUACAUGUACAUUCUCUAUUCCCCGGAUUGGCACUACCCUCGUACAAUGCCUAUCUUCCUGUUUCUAUAUGGUGUUAUUUUUGGCAUUGUCCAUUCAGUAGUCCGUUUUGGAAUUGGCUUCAAAGUCCAUUAUGUCAUUCUGUGCCUCCUCUGCAUUCCAAGAAUGUACAAGUAUUACAUAUAUACCGAUUCUGUGUGUGCCAAGCGCCUAGGAAAGCUAUAUGUAAUUACUCUUCUAUUGGGAGGUUUGUGCUGGUUAUGCGAUCAUGUUUUCUGCAAGGAAAUAUCUCGUUGGCCAUUUAAUCCACAAGGUCAUGCUUUGUGGCAUCUCUUCAUGGGUUUCAAUUCCUACUUUGCGAACACAUUCUUGAUGUUUUGCCGUUCUCAACAACUUGCCUGGUCUCCAAAAAUUGUCCGUUUAAUGGGUGUUUUGCCCUAUGUGAAGAUUCAGAAGCCAAAAUGCAGCAAGAGAAAGUAA